AUCAUUCUUUCAGUAAUAAUGAAGUCGUUUGUUUUGUUUGCUCUCUUCUCAGUCGCUGCUGCUCAAUUCGGAGGUUAUGGUCGUGGAAGAGGUGGACCUGGUGGUCCAGGAGGAUUCGAAGGUGGACCAGCCGGAGCUGGAGGAUUCCAAGGAAACGGAGCCGGAGAGCUUACCUACGAGGCGAAAGGAAGGCUUAUUUGUGGAUUAACUGGAGUUGAUAAGGUUCGCGUUGUUCUUUGGGAUCGAUUCCGUGGACGUGAGAACAUUAUCUACGAUGAAACAAACACCGAUGUUGUUGGAAACUUCCGUCUUCGUGCCACACGAAAUGGAUUCGAUGGGAACCUUAUUCAACCAUUCCUCACGAUCUAUCACGAUUGCGACGAUGCUUCAACUCCAGGACUCCGCAAGAUGACUGUUCAACUUCCACCACAGUACACCAAUCAAGGAUCACUCGCUUUGAAGUCGUUCGACAUUGGAACUUGGAAUUUGGAGACUUCAUUUGCUGGAGAAGAACUCGAGAUUCAGAAUGGUGGACUUGGAGGACGUCCAAUCGGUGGAUCAUCAUUCGGACAAGGAAACAGAGGACAGUUUGGAGGAAAUAGAGAAAUCUUUGCUCACGGAGGACGUUCUGACUUUGGAGACUCAUCCAUCUCUGUAUAAUUCAAUUAAAACUUGUAACUUUUGAAAUUAAUUAUAUGAAUCUCAAACCUAAUACUAAAUAUUCAGUAUUUCACUAUCUUUCUACUGUAUAUUAUCCAACAAUUUGUUCAGAUUUCAAUAGUAUCCACUCUCAAAUAAUAUUAUUCCAAAUAUUUGAACAGACGAAAAUCCUGCAAUUUUAUUUCUUGGAACUGAAAAGAAUUAAACGAAAAUAUUUUAUAAACUGUUAAACAAAGUUGAUAAUUAAAUUUGGC